GGAAUAGUCAGCAUGCUCUCCUGAUGGAUUGGACUGGGGUAUGAGAGAAAGAGAGGAGUCAAAGGUAACUCCAAGAUCAUUGGCCUGAGCAACUGGAAAAAUGGAGUUGCUCUUGACAAGAUGGAGAAGAGUGGAUAGACGAGUUUGGGGAGGAAGAUGAGAGGAGUUCAGAUUUCUUCCUGUGAAUUCGAGAUGUCCACUAGACAUCCAAGUGGAGAAUUUGAGAGUGCCUUUGGCUGUGCAAGUCUGGAAUUCAUUGGCACUGGGGUAGAGGCGUACAUUUGGGAGUCAUCAGCAGAUAGAUGGCUUUUAAGACACAGGAAGGAAUGAGAUAAUCAAGGGAGCGAAUAAGGCAGAGUAAAGAAGAAAUCAAAAGCUUUGGGGCAGCCUAGCAUUAGACCCAGUCUAAGAAGUUAGCAGGGAGGAGGAGAAAGCAGUAAAGGAGACUGAGAAGAAGGAAGACCAGCAGGACCUAGUGUCAAACGCUGCUGAGAGCACAGGUAAGAUGAGGCCUUAGAAUUGACCGUUGUUUAUAGCAGUGCAUAGGACCCUGGUGACUCUAACAAGAGCAGUUUUGGGAAGUAGUAGGAUCAAAAGCUUAACUGGGAUGGCUUAAGAGAAAGUAGGAGGGAAAGAAUUGGAGGCAGCAAAUAAAGACUGCUAAUUACUAUAAAUGGGGAGCAAAGCUGAUGGAAGAAAUAAGAUCAAGGGUAAUUUGUUGUUUUGUUUUUAAGGGGUGAAGUAGCAGUAUAUUUAUAUGCUAUUGGGAAGGAUCCAGUAGAGAGGGGGAAAAUGGUGAUGUAGAAGAGGGAAGGAGUAUUUAAAUACCUCUACAUGGGACUUUGACACAGCAUUUUGCCACAGUCCAUACCAUACUCUGCUUGCUUCUCUCACUUGUAUAACCUACACCGGACUUCACAUUUCUUGGCCUGGAUGGAUGCAUAUCUGUAUGGGGCUCUAAGGCAACACUGGAAUAAAUCGGUAAGGAUGCAAAUUAGAACCACUCCUGCCAAGGUAGACAGAGCCCCCAAGUGCUAACGUACCCUGUUUGGGGGGCGUGUUUUUGGCAAUUGGCUCAUGCAGAGGCCACCAGAUGAAAACUGACAGUCAGAAGCAGUUGAGAUCCAAAAGCCUAAUAAUACACCAUGUAGUGAAGGUUUGCGGAACUCUGUUUUGGUCCCUGGAAAUCCACUUUGUGUUUCUUGGUGCAGGCUAAGGAAGAAAGUUAUUAAAUCAGGGGUGAGUGAUCUCAUAGCAGUGGGAGCAAAAGUGAAUCUUUGCCUGGGCUUGGACUGGAAUUGUAUCUCCAGAGUAGGAAUGAGAUGUUUACCCCUGGACACCACCAGUGUGUCUGUAGCCCAAACAUUGAAUAACGGCGACAUCCAAACCGGAGAAAGGCAAGUAACUAAUGCAUGAAUCUAGGUUUUGAAGGUGAAAGGCAAAGGAACCAGUAUAUAUUGAUUACUGUGUUGGAUAUCUUUAUUCUUAUCCGCCCUAUUCUAUCCUGGAAGGAUGACCUGUAGGGGAUUAAACGUGGAAGCCAGACUCCAUCGUGGCUCAGUGAGCCCGGCCUCUUGGUAUUCAUUCUUCUCCACCUUGCACUCUAUCCUGGAAAAGUAAUCUGUAGGGCUUGGUUCAGCAUGCUUCUGAGCCCUCUGGCUUCUGGUUACACUACACCCAUGGGGAGCCCUGGAAGGAAGCUGUGGUGAGGUUACCUUGAACUGGCUGUGUCCCUCUACAGCAGAUCAUUGCUCCUGUAAAAUGGUCUCUGCUCUGCUUAACUCUCUCACUUUCCUGGGCCUUUUGGACAUGGGGAUGGUGACAGUUCCACUAUUGCUGGACCCAGGUGUCUGCACAUUCUUUAUCGUUACCUUACCCCCUUCUACACCUUUGUAAUUAGUCUCUUUGUAAAUAAACCCUUCUAAAAGUGUUCUAAUUUAGGUAUGUCUUGUUUUAUAUUAUAGGCCUGAUUGAUACCAUAAUUGGUAUCAUAAGUGGCUCUAGGAAACAGAGUCAAAAUUGGAAUUGUGAUUUAUUUGGUCAUAUAGUUAGAGGUCCAGGGAUAGCCUUAUUGCUGGGAGAAAUAACUCAAUUUUCCAUUACUCCAAUUAUCAUUGGUGGUAGCCUGGGAUGAAGGGCAAAAUGUUGGCUAUAUGGAGCCUCUGAAAGUCCCAUUGUGAGAAUCACAGCACAAACCCUCAGAAAUUUGGAGUAAUGACUUGACCCUGUGCUGAUAACUAUUUUUGAUUUUUUUUUUUUUUGGCCACACUGCGUGGCAUGUGGGAUCUUAGUCCCCCAAGCAGGGAUUGAACCUGUGCCCCCUGCAGUGGAAGUGAGGAGACUUAACCACUGGACCACCAGGGAAGUCCCCACUAUUUUUGAUUUGAAAAGUAGCUCCUGGCUUCCUACUGGUGAAGACUGAAUGCUCCAACCAUGCCAUGAAAUGCUUAUGCGAUCCAAACUGAGUGAGCCUGUCAUGAGCUGAGUGCUAUCUGAUUCACUGAACCAAAAAAUUGGGCAUGUGUAGGAGUAAUCCAUAAUAAUAUGGAAAUGGUAUAUGUGAAAGUGGGCCCCCGUAGAUCCAGAAGGCUCAAGAAAACUUCAUGAGCAGGUGACAUUCACAUAGUACCUGUUCUUUCUGCUUCUCCUUCACCUCACACCCAAGACCUCAAGAGGAAUUUCCCAUCAGGCCUGAUUUACAUGUAGAUCUGCAUCCCAAACCCACAUGAGCAGGAAAUGAACAGCCAUCAUGCUACAGCCCUAUUCAGAGGUAGCCUGAAAGAUGGUGUUGAAAUAACAUUCUCCUUGAACUUCAAGAAGUACAUCAGUUUAUUCACUUCAUUAGGGACAGUUAGUCUGAGGCAUCAAUCUACAUUGACUCAUAUGCAACGGCAGAAAAGUUGGCCUGCUAGUUCAGGAACAUGGAAAGAACAAGAUUGGGAGGUUGGUGAAAGAUCUGGGGAGGAAUGUGUUUGAAACUCUUGGAAUGGGGACAAAAUGAGAAGAUGUAACCAAAGGUCUACAAGAUGAUACAUUUUGUGGAGUCAGCCUUUUCUUAGUUUCAUUGGUGCUGGUACAGUGGUUCUCUGAAUACUCUUACCAUGUGUCCCGUAAUUCAGAAGCAGCUGGCUUAAUAGGACAGAAGAAUGGCCUGCUAAAGGCUCAAUUGCUAUGACACCUGGGAGACAACAUCUUGCAAAGUUGGAGUGGUGUCCUAUCAUAUACAGUAAAUGCCUUAAGCCAACAGCAAAUGUGGUGUUGUUUCCAUAUAGCCAGGAUGUCUGAGUCUGGGAACUAAGGAGUAGAGGUUGGAGUGGCCCCUAUCACCACCUAAUAACCCACUGGAUAUUGUUAUUCUCUUUCCCCGUGACUUUGGGUUUGGUGAGUUUGGAGAUUCUAGUGCCUGAGAGGAGAAUCCUUUUGUUAGGGAACAUUGGAAGUUGAGAUUGCCCUCUAACCAUUUUGGGAUUCCUUGUAUCAGCAAAUUGAUAGGCACAGGAAAGGGUCAGAGUAGCUGGGAUAAGUAUCCUGAUUACCAGGAAUUGGGUUCAUUCUUCACAAUGAGUACAAUGAGGACUUUGAAACUCAGGGAAUUCACUAGCUUCAUUUCUUAAAAUUCAUAAUAGUCCUGGUCAGUAGAAAACUGUAACAACCCCGUUAAGACAAUACCAACUAAGGACCCAAAUCCCACAGGAAUGAACAUUUGGGCAAUUCCAUUAGAUAAAGUACCUCCUUUGGCCAAAGUGUCAGCAGAGGCAAGGGGACACAAGGAAUGAAUGGUGACAGAAGGUAUCUGUGAUCAGCUUAGGACUCAGGACAGCUUAAGAGGUGGGAAUUGUAGCAGCUAUGUCCUAUGUUACUCUUCUUUUCUCCUCGUUUCCUUCUCUACCUGACUUAAGAAUCCUAAUGGUGGUUAAUGUACUAGGUUUCGGGUGGGAAUAUGAUCAAAUUGACAUCACCUGGCGAUAAUAUGGUAGCUCUUUUUCAUCCCUUGUUCUGGAGGCAUAGAGUGGAUGCUGAGGGGUAGAUUGUACCGGGUGUCUUCUGCUUGUACCCCUCUUCCAUGUUCCAGGACUUUAGAGAAAAUAUCUAAUUUGAUCUCAACAACCCUAUAAUGAUAAUAGGUCCUCUUGAUUACCCUCUUACUAUUGAUAUAUACCUGGCAUUGUUCUGCAUGCUCUAUAUGAAUUCAUUCAAUUAAUCCUCAUAGUAGCCUUACAUGCCUAGUGUCCUGUUAUUCCCAUUUUACAGAUGAGGAAACUUAAGCACAGACAGUUAAGUAACUUGCCCAAACCCACGAAGUUGGAGAUUAACCUCUGCCCCCUAAGGCUUCUCAAAGGGGAUAAUACCGUCCAGUCGAUUUUCUGCUGUUGCUGUUCCGUGCAGAAGCGACAAGUGAGGACACAAAUAAGCCUUAGCAAAGAUGAAGAACUUUCAGAAAAAUACACGCAGCGUCGCAGACCAUGGUUCAGUGAAUUGCCAAGUAAGAAGCAAUCCAACAGGGGCCGAGUGCAGCCAUCAAAACGCAAGCCGCUGCCUCCCCUCCCACCCUCUGAGUUUGCCGAAGAGAAGAUCCAGGUCAAAGCACUGUAUGAUUUCCUGCCCAGAGAGCCCUGUGAUUUAGCCUUAAAGAGAGCAGAGGAAUACCUGAUCUUGGAGAAGUGUAAUCCUCACUGGUGGAAGGCAAGAGACCGCUUGGGGAAUGAAGGCUUAAUUCCAAGCAACUAUGUGACUGAAAACAAACCAACCAACUUAGAAAUAUACGAGUGGUACCAUAGAAAUAUCACCAGAAAUCAGACAGAACGUCUUUUGAGACAAGAGUCUAAAGAAGGUGCAUUUAUUGUCAGAGAUUCAAGACAUUUGGGAUGCUACACCAUUUCUGUGUUUAUAAGAGCUGGGAGAAGUAUGGAGGCUACCAUCAAACAUUAUCAGAUUAAAAGGAAGGACUCAGGACAGUGGUACGUGGCUGAAAGACACCUCUUUCAAUCAAUCCCCGAGUUGAUCUGGUAUCACCAGCACAACGCAGCUGGGCUCAUGUCCCGUCUCCGCCACCCAGUUGGGCUGAUGGGCAGUUGUUUGCCGGCCACAGCUGGUUUUAGCUAUGAAAAGUGGGAGAUAGAUCCAUCUGAGUUGGCUUUUGUAAAGGAGAUUGGAAGCGGCCAGUUUGGGGUGGUCUAUUUAGGCCAAUGGCGAGCACAUGUCCAGGUAGCUAUCAAGGCCAUCAAUGAAGGCUCCAUGUCUGAAGAGGAUUUCAUUGAAGAGGCUAAAGUGAUGAUGAAGUUAUCUCAUUCAAGGCUCGUUCAGCUUUAUGGAGUGUGUAUACAGCAGAAGCCCCUUUAUAUUGUGACGGAGUUUAUGGAAAAUGGUUGCCUGCUUAACUAUCUCAGAGAGAGGAAAGGAAAACUUAGGAAGGAGAUGCUAUUGAGUGCAUGUCAAGAUAUCUGUGAAGGAAUGGAGUAUCUGGAGAGAAACUGCUUUAUCCACAGGGAUUUAGCCGCGAGGAAUUGUUUGGUCAGUUCUACAAGUAUAGUAAAAAUUUCAGACUUUGGAAUGACAAGGUACGUUUUGGAUGAUGAAUAUAUCAGUUCUUCUGGAGCCAAGUUCCCAGUCAAGUGGUCCCCUCCUGAAGUUUUCCAUUUCAAUAAGUAUAGCAGCAAAUCUGAUGUCUGGUCAUUUGGAGUUUUGAUGUGGGAAGUUUUUACAGAAGGAAAAAUGCCUUUUGAAAAUAAGUCAAAUUUGCAAGUUGUGGAAGCGAUUUCUAAAGGCUUCAGGCUGUACCGACCUCACCUGGCACCGAUUUCCAUAUAUGAAGUCAUGUACAGCUGCUGGCAUGAGAAACCUAAAGGCCGCCCGACGUUUGCUGAGCUGCUGCAGGUUCUCACAGAGAUUGCAGAAACCUGGUGACCUGGAGAGAAUGCCAACCCAGAGCAUCAUGGGGCAAGACUGUCACAAAAGGAAACUCUGGGUGGGGUCACUGAUGGUGAAUAUCUUCCUUUAGAGUCACUGACUCCUGGAAACAGUUCAAAGAUCACAGGCUUUUCCAACUUUUUAAAGCUUAAGAAUAUUCUGACAAUAAUUUUUCUACGUGUGUUUGAGAGUGACUUCUAAACUCUGAUUUUUCUGUAAUAUUCUUCAUGUUCCAUAUGUGAAGAAGGGAAAAAUGCUCCAUAGUGGUCGUUAUGGUGGCUGCUCUUCACCAGAGAGCCCCUGAGCACACCUGAAAACCUGAUUCUUUACUGAGGAAAAGACUGAAGAGGAGGAACAUUCUUUAUUUUGGUGACCCAUGCAUAGAAGAUGAAAAUAAAUUCUGCCUGCUCCUGGAAUAAAGGAGCCACCCGUGCAGAAUCUCAUGCUUUUGAACUGUACAGAUCUUUAUGAAAAACGCACCUUUACAAACCACAUGAAUGUGGGCAUUCUGGAAACUGUCUUUCAUAAUCUUCCCUAUGUUAUUUCACAAAUUUAUUUUUGCACAGAUCUGGUUAUUUUGGAGACAGUUUCCUGUGUUCCAGUAUUGAAUACUGUUAGAAAGUUCUUCUUUGAACAGGUCCUGGAGAUGAUUCUAUUUCUAGUGAGAUCCAUUGUCCAGGACAAUUCAGAACCUGAAUCUCAAUUCUGAGAUUUCACACUUUGUACAUGUGAACUUGGACGAUUGAAGAAGCCUCAUUUUGUCAUAGGAAGUACCUCCAGUACCUUUUCUAGAAGAGGACUUUCUUUUUCCACAAGAACAAGAGGAGGGCUUCCCUGGUGGCACAGUGGUUAAGAAUCCACCUGCCAAGGGCUUCCCUGGUGGCACAGUGGUUGAGAG